UCCCCCACCACCUCCGUGACCGCCUCUCAUGCCUCUCAGGCCAGUUCCGCCAAGUGAAGCCCGAAACCUCAGCAUGACCCCGGCGAGGGGAGCAGCGAGCAUACCCCCACCAGGAACAGAUUUACGACGCUAACUUGUAAAGACAGUCUCAUGGGCCAUAGCAGCAGGAGGACGCCAGCAGAGCGGAGAUGUUCAGAAAGAGGCCUCUUCCAGAGGAAGAAAGGAGAGUCAGAGCCAACGACAGAGAGUACAACGAAAAGUUUCAAUAUGCAAGCAACUGCAUCAUGACAUCCAAGUACAACAUCCUCACCUUUCUGCCCGUCAAUUUGUUUGAGCAGUUCCAGGAAGUGGCAAACACCUACUUCCUUUUCCUGCUCAUUCUGCAGUUAAUACCUCAGAUCUCCUCACUCUCGUGGUUCACUACCAUCGUGCCUUUAGCUCUUGUGCUGAGCAUCACUGCAGUGAAAGAUGCUACAGACGACUAUUUUCGCCAUAAGAGUGACAACCAAGUGAACAACCGCCAGUCUCAGGUCCUCAUCCGUGGCUUGCUACAGAAUGAAAAGUGGAUGAACGUUCGAGUGGGUGAUAUAAUAAAACUGGAAAACAAUCAGUUUGUGGCAGCUGACCUGCUUCUCUUGUCCAGCACUGAACCUCAUGGGCUCUGUUACAUUGAGACAGCCGAGCUGGAUGGAGAGACCAAUAUGAAGGUGCGCCAGUCUGUCUCAGUGACAUCUGAACUCGGGGAUCCGAACAACUUGGCUUCAUUUGACGGUGAAGUUGUAUGUGAACCCCCCAACAACAAGCUGGAUCGCUUCUGUGGGACUCUGUACUGGAGAGACAAGAAAUACACCCUGACCAAUCAGAACAUGCUACUCCGAGGAUGUGUGCUCCGUAACACAGAGGCCUGCUACGGUCUGGUCAUCUUUGCAGGCCCUGACACAAAGCUUAUGCAGAACAGCGGCCGCACCAAGUUUAAGCGUACGAGCAUUGAUCGUCUGAUGAACACCUUGGUCCUCUGGAUCUUUGGCUUCCUGGUGUGUAUGGGUGUCAUCCUAGCAGUGGGGAAUGCAGUGUGGGAGAGAGAGGUGGGCUCCCUCUUUCAGAGCUACCUGCCCUGGGACCCUCCUGUUGACAACUUUCUGUUCUCUGCCUUCCUUUCCUUCUGGUCCUACGUCAUCAUUCUGAACACCGUGGUGCCUAUCUCUCUGUAUGUCAGUGUGGAGGUGAUCAGACUGGGUCACAGCUACUUUAUCAACUGGGACAGACAGAUGUUCUGCUCACAGUGCAACACAGCGGCUGAGGCCAGGACCACAACUCUGAACGAGGAGUUGGGCCAGGUUGAAUACAUCUUCAGUGACAAGACUGGUACUCUUACUCAGAACAUCAUGAGCUUCAAUAAGUGCUCCAUUAAUGGACAGACUUAUGGUGAACUGGCAGACCCGUUGGGACCUACACCAAAGAGAUUGGACUUUACUCCCUUCAACCCCCUUGCUGACCCUGACUUCUGUUUCUAUGACGACACCCUGCUGGAAUCAGUGAAAGUGGGUGACUCUCACACUCACGAGUUUUUCCGCCUGCUUUCCCUCUGUCACACCGUCAUGAGUGAGGAGAAGAGUGAGGGAGAGCUCGUGUACAAGGCGCAGUCUCCAGAUGAGGGCGCUCUGGUGACAGCAGCUCGAAACUUUGGCUUUGUGUUUCGCUCCCGGACACCAGGGACAAUAACCACCAUAGAGAUGGGACGACCUGUCACUUACACGCUACUCGCCAUUCUGGACUUCAACAACAUUCGCAAGAGGAUGUCUGUUAUAGUGCGUAACCCAGAGGGCAGGAUCCGUCUGUACUGUAAAGGAGCUGACACAGUGCUGCUGGAGAGACUGAACCCUUGUAACCAAGAGCUGAUGAACAUCACCUCAGACCACCUCAAUGAAUAUGCAGCAGAUGGAUUGCGGACCCUGGCUCUGGCCUACAGAGAUCUGUCAGAGGAUGACUGGGAGGCGUGGUCAGAAAGCCACCGCUGUGCCGACAAGGCCGUCAACUGCAGAGAGGACCGACUGGCAGCAGCUUAUGAAGAGAUAGAGCAAGACAUGAUGCUCCUGGGUGCUACAGCUAUAGAGGACAAGCUGCAGGAAGGUGUCCCGGAGACCAUUGCAGUGCUCUCUUUGGCUAAUAUUAAGAUCUGGGUUCUUACUGGAGACAAGCAGGAGACAGCAGUCAACAUCGGUUACUCCUGCAAGAUGCUGACUGAUGAUAUGCCGGAGGUGUUCAUCGUAAGUGGACACACUGUGCAGAGCGUACGCCAGGAGCUCAGGAGGGCAAGAGAGCGGAUGAUUGAACUUUCUAGCAGCAGAGAUGGAGGGAAGGAGGAGGGGAUGGAGGGAUGGGGAGAAGCAAGUUUCACGGGUAAUGGGUUUAGAGAAGCAAAAGAAGGAGACGGUAAAGGAGCAGGAGAAGGAGGGAAACAGAUGCAGCGCCCUCCUCAUUCUCCCUCUCCCCCUCCACCUCCUUCAAACCUCAUGGACAGCAUCUCUGGAGAAUUUGCCCUCGUGAUCAACGGCCACAGUCUGGCCCAUGCACUAGAGGCAGACAUGGAGACGGAGUUUGUGUCAACGGCGUGUGCGUGCAAAGCCGUGAUAUGCUGCAGAGUCACACCACUGCAAAAGGCCCAGGUGGUGGAGCUCAUCAAGAAACACAAGAAGGCUGUUACCCUGGCUAUAGGAGACGGAGCUAACGACAUUAGCAUGAUCAAAAGUGCCCAUAUCGGAGUUGGUAUCUCAGGUCAGGAGGGGAUCCAGGCGGUGCUGGCCAGCGACUACUCCUUCUCCCAGUUUCGCUUCCUACAGCGCCUCCUGCUGGUACACGGCCGCUGGUCAUACCUGCGAAUGUGCCGUUUCCUCUGCUACUUCUUCUACAAGAACUUUGCCUUCACCAUGGUGCACUUCUGGUUCGGAUUCUUCUGUGGUUUUUCUGCUCAGACAGUCUAUGAUCAGUACUUCAUCACCCUCUACAACAUUGUCUACACCUCCCUCCCUGUGCUGGCCAUGGGGAUAUUUGACCAGGAUGUUCCUGACCAGAGGAGUCUGGAGUAUCCGAAGCUUUAUGAGCCUGGGCAGCUCAACCUCCUCUUCAACAAGAGAGAGUUCUUCAUAUGCAUCGCUCAGGGCAUAUACACAUCAGUUGUGCUGUUUUUUGUCCCGUGUGCUACUCUGUCCGACGCCACUCAGAGCACUGGAGUGCCCCUUGCUGACUAUCAGACCUUUGCUGUCACCACAGCAACAGCUCUGGUCAUCGUGGUCAGUGUACAGAUUGCUCUCGACACAGGCUUCUGGACGGUUAUAAACCAUGUGUGUGUGUGGGGCUCUCUGGGCUGCUACUUCACCAUCAUGAUCGCUCUACACAGUCAAACUCUCUUCAGGAUCUUUCCCAACCAAUUCCACUUUGUAGGUAGUGCCCAGAGUACGUUGUUGCAACCAGUCGUGUGGUUAACUAUUGCACUGGCAACAGCAAUAUGUAUUAUUCCAGUCCUGGCAUUCCGCUUUCUCAAGGUGGACCUCAAACCUCAGCUCUCAGACACGGUACGAUACACUCAGCUGGUGCGACAGAAAAAGAGAAAACCUAUGGGCCGUAACAUGGGGGGAGCAUGGCGUGGGGUGGGCAGUGUGUCAGAGGGCCGUCUGGGCGCUCGUGGUGGUUCCAGAAGGUCAGGCUAUGCUUUUGCCCACCAGGAAGGGUUUGGAGAGCUCAUCACCUCAGGAAAAAACAUGAGGCUCUCAUCUCUUGCCCUGGCCACUUUUGCCUCCAGACACAGCUCCAGCUGGAUUGACACACUCCGCAGGAAGAAACAUACUCACACUCCCCCCAGCGCUUCUGGGGAGUGCAGCCCAGCUCCCAGUAGUAUGUCUGGGUCCGUUCCCCCGCUCUCAAACUCCUCCUCUGUCCUGGGUGGCUCACAGGACACACCCAUUGAGGAGGAAACAGGCACAACACCAGCCCAGAAUACACAGACUGCUCUCCCUCCAUCCACACCAGCUGAGACAGCUGAAACACCAGCUUUAGUGUCUGAUGCAGAAGCAGCUGCACCCCAUGGCUCACUUCAGGCCCCAUGUGCUGGCGUCCUCACCCAAACAGCAGUACGGUCCCAUGGGGGAGAAUCACCUGGAGGCUGGACGAUCACUCUGGGGACCGUGCAGGAAGCCCUGUUUGGCUGGAAAGCUCGUGCCACUGCGUCCAACAGCCCAGGUCCUGCCUCUGUUGACCAGGAAAGCAGCCAUAUUGUGUGAAACAUCUGAAUGGAAGAAUGACUUGUUCACAGGUUGAAUUGUGUUCUCUCCUGGGACAGACUAAGAGCGCACAGACUGUUAUAACAAAAUCUACCAACACUGUGCUCUUCUCUCUCUUUCUAACUGUAAUCAGUCAUACAAAUCCAAUUCACUGACAGAAGCAGCAUAUGGAUCUGGCCAUAUAGACUGGGAUUUAUUGGUGACACACAUCCAUUACAUAUGAUUACUGUGUGCAUAAAGAUAACUUACAAUCCAUGACUGAUGAAAAGCUUCGAGUUCAGGGGAAAAAUGUAAAGGUUGCUUCAGUGAGAGGUAUUUUUAACUUGUCAUAUCAAGUUUUGCCUAAUCUCUUGAAAAUAAUGAAUGAAAAGCAGUGUGCAGGCAGUAUUAUUUGUGAAACUUUUUUAUUUUAAAAAAAUAUCUCAAGCCUCUGUUUUAUAUAGUUCUCAGUGAGAACGUUACUUUUAAGUUACUGCAAGACUGUUGCAAAACCUGGUUGUUUUUCUCUUCUGAUCUGUUUUUUUACCUGUUACUCCUCAACUUCAAGUGUUUUAUUUUCUAUUUUGCAUCACAUUGAUGUGUUUUAUAUUGGCCUAAUUGAGUUGCUCUCUGGAAUAUGUUACUGUACCUAAGAAUAACUUCUUAUACAAUCACAGAUUUAAAAACAGAAUGAAAAGACAAACUGUAACUAGCUUAGACCUGGGCAGGAACUCUAUGGGAACAGAAAUCAAGGCAUAAUGGACAUUUAAAGAUGGUUUAUCAAAUUCUCAGCCAUACAGUACAUGUUGUCAUUUUGUGUGAACAUUGUGCUGUAUCAUACUGUAGGCCUACACAUCCUGUAUGUUCAAUUAAGUGCUUUACAUUUUUAUUUGUCCAUGAAUAAAGGUUGAAGGAGGGAGUUUGGGGAUGAUCAUGCCUUAAC